AGGCUCUAUAGGCGACACAGACUGAGGCUGGGAGAAGGACCCUGCUGAUCCUAAUAAGACACAACCGUCAGCCGAUAAAGAUUGUAAGGAUGGCGGAUACAGACCCUCAGAUGAUGGCUUCCAUCAUUUUCUACUGUCAUGAUAAGUACAAUCGCCACGUGCAGCAGAUAACAAGGGAAGGCCUGCAGAGGUAUCACAGUGACCCGGUGCUUCUGUUUUUUAAGGCUUAUAGUAUCCUCAUGGAAGAUCGUGUGCAGGAAGCAAUCCGGGAGCUGGAGUCCAUCAAGGAUGUCCCUGAAGUCUCCUUAUGUGCCAUCAUGUUACUUAUGUACGCACACAAAAAAAGUAAAGCCAUAGACCGAGAUGCUGUUUCUGAGCUAGAGGCCAAAUUAAAAGAAAGCCGUAGAUCGGCAGGACCUAAAGCAUUGUACCACGCAGGCCUACUUCUGUGGCUGCUGGGGAGAAGUGACAAGGCCCAGGAAUACAUCGACCGAAUGCUGAAAAUAUCCAAUAGGUCUGGUGAGGGCUUGGUGUUGAAAGGAUGGCUGAAUUUAACUCCUGGGGUGUCUGUUGCAAAGUGUCUUAAAUAUUUUGACGAAGGGACUCAAGACAAGAAGGAUUUAUUUGGAAUUAUUGGAAAGGCAGAAUGUCUGAUGAUGCAGAAGAAUUAUUCCGGGGCACUAGAUGUGAUUAACCAGACGAUUGUUAGUUUUCCUAAAUUCACAGCAGCACUUACUUUAAAGAUGAAAUAUGUUCUAGCCAUGCAGGACUGGGACCAAAGCCUGGAAAUCGCCCAGCGACUCCUAACCAUACAGAUGAAUAACAUUGACGCUCUUCAGAUGAUGGCCAUUUAUUGUCUCACAAGAGAAGGAAAUGUAGCCAAGGCACUUAACCAUGUGAAAGAAUUGAUCAGCGCUCUCGAGACAUUGGAGCCUCGGAAUCCAGCGCUUCAUUUCCAGAAGCUCCUUGUAAUAUGCAAUUUGUGUGGAAGAAACAAGUCAAUCCUACAAGAAAUCUUUGGCUUCUGUGAGCGCAUGUACAGGAUUUCUCCAGAGGAGGCAGAACUUGCUACAGAACUGGGCAAUCAGCUCCUGUAUCAAGGCAAUGUGGCUAAAGCUGCCAGCUGGUACUCAACAGCCAUGAACCUAGAUGGGAAUCACCUGGAAGCUCUCAUAGGAAUUAUAUGGUGCCAGAUACUACAAGAUAACCUGGAAGAAGCAGAGCAGCAACUUGACUUUCUUCGUGAAGUGCAGCAGUCCCUGGGAAAAUCAAAGGAACUAUGUUUUGUGGAGGCAAUUCUUGCUUCAAAGAAGGGUAAAGAGGAGAAAUCAGUGGUCAGUUUUUUAAAAGAAGCAGUAGAUAUGCACUUUGCGGCAAUAAAUGGACUCCCUCUUGGAGUGGAAUAUUUAGAAAAGCUCAAUCCUACUUUUAUCGUUGAUGUUGUCAAAGAGUAUUUGUCACUGUGCCCAAAACAGCCCACAGGCCCUGGUCAGUCUGCUUCACCCAUCCUGGAAAAGGCUGCAACUAUUUUGGCGCCAGUGAUUACAGUAGCACCCUGUCUGCCAGAGCCCCUAUAUUUCAUGUCUCAGGUCAUGUAUUUGUCAGGAAACUUUGAUGGUGCACAAGGGACCUUGCAGCGUUGCAUAGAGCUGAACCCUGAGUGGUCGGAUGCUCACCUUCUAAUGGCACAGAUACAUUUGGCGGAGGGGCAAUAUACUGAGUGCUCACACUCUCUGGAGACAGGAGUCAGCCACAAUUUUAAGAUGAGAGAACAUCCAUUUUAUCAUCUGAUUAAAGCAAGAGUCUUAAAACAGACAGGAAAGCUAGCAGAAGCAACGCAGAUGUUAAGGAUGUGUAUGAGCCUGCCCGAAAUGAAGAGAGCAGCAUCCACCAGAGGAAACGCAGGCACUCUCAGCAUUAGUGAGCGUGCCUCUGUUUAUCUGGAACUUGCAGAACUUCUUCGUUUAAAUGGAGAACAGCAUGAAGCUACAAAGAUAAUACAAGAUGCAGUGCAUGCAUUCCGCGACACCCCAGAGGAGAUCCGAAUUGUUGUGGCCAAUGCAGAUAUGUGCCUUAGUAAGGGCGAUGUGGAAAUGGCAUUAAGCAUGCUAAGAGACGUCAAGCCAACCCAGCCCUACUACACUGAGGUCAAGAAAAAGAUGGCCGACAUCUACCUCAAAGUUCGAAUGGAUAAGAAGUUAUACAUUGCUUGCUAUAGGGAGCUGAGUGAACAACUGCCAAGUGCACACACAAGUCUUCUCCUGGGAGAUGCCUACAUCAAUAUUCAAGAGCCAGAGAAAGCCUUGGAGGUGUAUGAUCAAGCACAACGGAAGAAGCCCAGUGAUGCAACACUAGCGAAAAGAGUCGGCCUGUCCCUAGUAAAAACUCACCAGUAUAAAAAGGCAAUAAACUAUUACGAAGCAGCACUGAAGAUGAGUCCUGAAGGUUUCUUAUACAGUGAUCUUGCAGAACUUUUCCUUAAACUCAAAAAUUACAACAAGGCAGAAAGUCUUCUCCAGCGAGCUCUAGAUCAUGGGCCUGUUUCUGAUUUACCUUCUAUGGUGAAUGAUGUCAAGUUUCUUAUGCUUCUUGGACAAACGUAUAAAAGCUCUAAAAAAGAACUGGUGGUUGAAACUUUAGGCAAGGCCCUGGAUAUCCAGACUAGGAUACUGAAACGCGUUCCUCUUGAGCAGCCAGAUAUGAACACAAGACAACAACAAGUAACUUCUAAGAUUUGUGUACAACUUGCUGACUAUUACUUAGAGGAAAAGGAUUACCCAAACGCACUAAAAUUCUACAAGGAAGCAGUAUUGUACUCUGACACCGAUAACCAGGUAUUGCUGAAGUUGACACAUCUUUUCUUAAUAAUGGAUGACCUGAAUUCCUGUGAAGCGCAAUGUAAAGACCUUCUUCAGGACCCAAGAUAUAAGGAUGAAGCCACCAUGGUGAUGGCCGACAUCAUGUUUCAGAAACAGGAAUAUGAGAAAGCAAUCGAAUAUUUUCAGCAGGUCCUGGAAAAAACACCCGAUCAUUUUACAGUAUUGAGUAAAUUCAUUGAUCUUCUAAGAAGAAGUGGAAAACUUUCAGAAGCCCAGGCGUUCUUUGAUUUGGCCUUAGAACAAUCUUCAAGAACCACACUUGAACCGGGAUAUAAUUUUUGCAAAGGCCUCUACUGCUGGCACAUCGGACAGCCUAAUGAGGCACUAAAAUUUUUUAAUAAAGCUCGCAAAGACAAUGACUGGGGUGAGAGAGCCAUCAGCAAUAUGAUCCAAAUCUGUCUUAAUCCAGACAACGAGAUUGUUGGUGGAGAGGUGUUUGACAGCUUGGAAGAGGACAGUCUUUUAGGGGAAAAGAGGGAUUCUGAGAAGUUGGGAGUUCGAACAGCAGAGAAGCUACUGAAGGAGUUCCACCCUCGUACACCACAUGGAGAGAACCAGCUAACUAUGCUGCAGUGUUAUUGCCUUAUGGCUACCAGAGACAAAGGCAACAUUGAAACUGCAAUCAGCACAUUAACAGAUAUGGCUAGCACCGAGAAGGAGAACGUCUCCGCGCUCCUGGCAGUAGCUCAAGCUUGCAUGAUUCUAAAGCAAAUUCCCCGAGCAAGAAACCAGCUAAAGAGGUUGUCCAAAGCUCACUGGACCUUAGAAGACGCUGAAGAUCUUGAGAAGAGCUGGCUGCUGCUUGCUGACAUUUAUAUUAAAUCAGCAAAAUAUGACAUCGCAACAGAUUUGUUAAAGCGGUGUCUAAAAUACAAUAAGUCUUGCUGUAAAGCUUAUGAAUAUCUUGGCUUCAUUAUGGAGAAGGAACAGUCCUAUAAAGAUGCUGCGGAGAACUACAAACUGGCCUGGGAGUACAGCAGUCAGUCCAGCCCGGCCGUAGGUUUCAGGCUUGCAUUCAACUUUCUGAAGGACAAGAAGUAUGUGGAUGCCAUAGACAUCUGCCAUAAGGUACUUAAAGCUCAUCCCACUUAUCCCAAAAUGAAAAAAGAAAUACUGGAGAAAGCUCAAGCUAGCCUCAAGCCUUAGACUAUGGUCUGAUGUCAUGUGUCAUGUAUGGCGGGAUACCACAGUGUUCCUUUUGUAUUAAAGUGGUUGUCAACAAUAUCAGAUCGGUUGGGGUCUGACACCCAGCACCCGCACCGAUCCGCUGUUCUUAGCAGUCAUCAACAGCAGAAAUAACAGAGGAUGGAGCUGGAAACACAGCCAUGACGGGUUACUGCAGCUCACCUCCCAUUCAAGAGGGAGCAGCUGCGGACAACAGCUGAUCGGCGGGUUGCCAGGUGUCGGACUUACAUUGACCUGAUGUUGAUGACCGAUUCUAAUGUUA